CCUAAAGAGAACAAGAAACUAGGGUUUUAGAAUGCGGAAACUCAACCAGAACUAUCAAAAUGACUUGAUUAAGUAGCAAGUUCAACUAUUUAGCACUCUAUUUGGGGAUUACAGUAGCAAUAUUUAAGUAUGAUUGGAUCCAGUUCAACUUUUUAUUGGAUUUGACAAAUGAUUAACGUCAUUUCCAGUUUGGUUCUGCUUUUAGAACGGCACCAAUUCUGUGAGCCAUAAAAUUUUUGCAUUCUCGAAGUUCCAUGUCGAGCCAAAAGUUCUACGGUGCUAUGAAGCAAGUUUUCAGCUCGAAUUUUGCUUCAAGAUCCAAUGAAGAGACUGCAAACUUGAUCGCGAAAGCCCUAAUCGGUCCUACCUCAAAAUCUCUCCAUAUUUCACCAUCUGUGAUUUCCAAACUUAAUUCCCGAAUAACCCACCUUGUUCUCUCGAAUCCGCGAAUUCCAGCGUCUUCUUGCUUGCGCUUCUUCAAUUUUCUGCAGUCGAACCAGUCUAUUGUUCCUCAGAAACCCGAUUUUGAAGCCCACCUAACACUCAUUUUGCGGUUAUUUGGAGUCAGAAGAUUUGCUGAGGCCAAGAAGAUCUUGAAUGCUGCUGUUGUUGGUGAGAAUCUUCGACGUCCGGUUUCAGAAUUAGCUUCUGUAGUGGGUGGAAAUAGUGUAGAACCCAAACUAAAGACCAAGUUUUUUGAUAUGUUAUUCAGGGUUUAUGGCGACAAUAGAAAGUUUGAGGAGGGUCUGGAGGUUUUUGAGUAUAUGGUGAAUAAUGAGUUUGUGAUUGAUGAGCGGUCUUGCAUGGUUUACUUGGUCGCAUUCAGGAAAUGCAAUCAAUUUGAGUCAUUGUAUCGGUUCUUUCAGCAGAUGGUGGAAUGCAAUGUGGUUAUCACGGUUUACUCAAUGACGUUGGUGAUUGAUGGAUUGUGUAAAAGAAAGGAAGUUGAGAAAGCGAGGAAAUUGAUGGAUGAUCUGGUUAGUAGAGGGGUGAAACCCAAUGUGUAUACUUUUAACACAUUGAUAAAUGCUUAUGUAAAGAAAUCCGAUUGUAGGGGAGUAGAAGAAAUCUUGGCUGCCAUGGAGAAAGCAGGGGUGGACUUCAAUGCUGCAACUUACACGCUUUUGAUUGAAUGGCGGGCGAGGCAUGGCAAAAUUGAAGAUGCGGAGAAGCUGUUUCAUGUCUACACCUCAAUGAUUAGUCUUUUUAGUAAGUUGGGAGAUGUUAAGAAGGCGUUUGCUUUAUUUGAUGAGUUGGUAGAGAAAGGCUUGGAACCUAAUGUGCACACUUACGGUUCAUUAAUAUAUUGUGUGUGCAAAGCAGGGAACAUGGAUGCAGCAGAAAUGUUGCUCAACGAGAUGCAAACCAAAGGAAUAGACAUGAAUCGGGUGAUUUUCAACACAGUGAUGGAUGGCUAUUGUAAGCAGGGGAUGAUUGAAGAAGCUUGGAGACUGCAAGGUGUUAUGGCGAGGAAAGGGUUCAAAGCUGAUGUUUAUGUUUACAACAUAAUUGCAAAUGGUUUAUGCAAACUAAAGCGGCAUGAGGAAGCAAAAAGGUUGCUAUUCUCAAUGGUGGAUAAGGGUGUAGCUCUAAACACAGUUGCUUACACAACUCUGAUUGACAUAUACAGCAAGGAAGGUGAUUUUGUUGAAGCAGAGAAAUUGUUACAUGAGAUGGAGAAAAUGGGAGAGAAACCGAAUAAUGUGACAUACAAUGCUUUGAUAGAUGGAUAUUGCAAAAAGGGAAAGAUAAGAGAAGCAAAUAUGUUGAGAAAGAAAAUGGAAACUAAUGGGCUGCUGCCAGAUGUUUAUACAUACACCUCACUUGUCCAUGGACAGUGCAUAGUUGGAGAGAUAGAUGAGGCUGUGAAGCUCUUUAAACAGAUGCCAGAAAAGAAUAUAAGUCCAACUUUGGUAACUUACACAGUACUGAUAUCUGGCUUGUCAAAAGAGGGAAGAUCAGAUGAAGCUUUUAAAUUGUAUGAUGAGAUGAAAGAGGCUGGUUUCACACCUGAUGACUCUGUAUACUCUUCUCUUGUGGGCAGCCUCCAUGGUACUAAACCUUUGUCUGAGACUAAUCCUGAGAAAAAGGAAAGGCUUCCCCUUGUAUGAACUAUGAGAUUGGUUGAGCUCAUUUUCUGCAAGGUGCUUCUAAUGGGAGAGCAAGUGGUGUAUGUUGGAAACAUGCUGGUCUCCCUCAAGAUUCUUAUGACAAGGACUCUAUAUCGAGAGCUAGUUCCUUUCAUCCGCACUCAGAAGAGUGCCUGACUCAAUACUUUCAACAAUUCUCUUUCCAGCCAGCAUGGAUCUACCAUUCUCUUGAUGAAAAUGGUAUAUUACCUACCUUUGAUAUGAGCACUAAAUGCUGCUUCUGAGUUAUAGAUACAAUUGAUGGAAUAUUGGGGUCCUUCAGAUGUGCCCACAUACCCCCAUGAUUGGUAUGUGGCCAUAUCUGAAGAAUUGCAUUAGGUGCAUCAUUGAGGUUAACCAUUACCACAACACCCUCUGUGAAUCUACAAUGAUUUAUAUCAUUCUUAAGGCCGUAGUUUCCAAUGUCAAUUUAGUGUAGUAUACUGAUUUCUGUUGUAGAUGCAGAAACAUUGAUUCUCCUAUAGUAAUACCAAGGCAAGGCUCAGUGUGUCAUUCACUGUA